GACCGGUAGGACCCACACCCAUCCAACGCAGAAGCAAAACGCCCCCAAUCUCCGCGCCGCCGCCGUCCCCGUCGUCCUCCGCCGUUGCAGCCGCGGCCUCCUCGUCGCCUACCGACCGCGCCCUUCCUCGCCACCACCGGUCCACCGGAGGCGCCGCCAUGUCUCAGAACAACCCCUCCCAGCUCCUCCCCUCAGAGCUGAUCGACCGGUGCAUUGGGUCCAAGAUCUGGGUCAUCAUGAAGGGGGACAAGGAGCUCGUCGGAACCCUCUGCGGCUUCGAUGUCUACGUCAACAUGGUGCUGGAGGACGUCACCGAGUAUGAAUACACGGCUGAAGGGCGUCGCAUUACAAAACUUGACCAAAUCCUCCUGAAUGGCAACAACAUAGCCAUUUUGGUUCCUGGUGGUUCACCGCCUGAUGUGUAAUGACCUCGCGCUCCCCUGUGUAACCAUUUGAGGCGAAGGCAGAUUUGUGAACUCUGCACCUUAUGUUGGUCAAUCACUGAAUGUUUUCUCAGCUCAAUGUGUUUCUCCUAUUCGUGAUUGUACCAAAGUUUAUUAGCAACUCUGUCAACAUGGAAGCUCCCUCUUCUGUAUUGAACUUACUGACCUGAAGUAGCAUAGCUGUGCUUAAAUGAUUGUCUAUGCAAAUUCUGAUGUGUCUCUGGGCCCUGGCAUUUGUUAAUGCCCAUCAUGUUAGUCAUCGU